CCGAACUGCUGCUGCAGUAGGUACUUCAGUGACGGGGUGCUUCCGUGUGGUCCUUCGGCUGCGUUGGCGCUUGCUUCCACCUACCGUACCGUAUCGUCGUCGUGGUCGCGAUUUUUAUCUUGCGAUAGUGUGCUUAGAACAUUUCCGUGCGAACAGGGUGGACGGGGGUGGGAGUUCUCAGCGCGGGAGUGAAGAGUGCUCUGUUUUGAUAGGGAAAGCGGAACAGUGGCUGUAGUGCUUCAUCUCUGAGGUUCUUGUUGUGGUGAGCAUGGGGCGGUUCUGCUUUCACUUCUUGUGGUACUUCAUCACGCGUUUAUGGAUAUUUUCCUAAUCUUUUUUAUCUCGGAAGUGUGAAAGAAAGGUGACACUAAAUCGUGUUCCGGUGUUGGAAACAAUGGUAAUCUAAUGAACUCUCCGUACAGACAGGAAGCAUAACGGAAAUAUAAAUUAAAGAAUUUCCCUGUUCUACCAUGUGAAAAUAGUUGGAUGUGUGUUCUCGUCGUUUAAUAAUUGGAAGUGAUCAGUGAAAGAGAUAAAUUUAGCUCCCUCAUUCAUAAAUACAGUGCGCCAUCAUAUUGAAGCACAGCCGGGUGGAAAAUUAAGCUCGGAUGGCAUGGUGAAAAUUUACUGCCGUAUGCCCUAAGGGCUUGCGCUUGGGGGCUUCGCGACCAUUAACGUUGCCGAUGGAAGGUUUAUGGUGCUAAUGUGAAGUGGUUGCGAGAACUACGUGAAAUUAUUCGGGCUCUAAUGAUGUGUUUUUACCCGGCUUGUGGUACGCGAGAGAUGCAAAUAAUCCGGAUUCCUGGGAUGCCAUACACUGGAGCAGAAAUUCGUGCAACAGCAGGAACAACUCACGCCUCAUCAGCAUGCCGAUGUCACUUCCUGGAAUAAGCCGUGUUGGCAGCCCCAUCCCCAAAGCAGCGAAUAAUGGUGAUACCUUCCCAAAAGCUCACCGAGCUCUGUUUUCCCAAUCGUGAAUACACAGAUUAAUGCUAUUGUGGUUGCCAUGGACCAUGCCAGGGAGUUCCGUUUGCCUUGGGAAGCAUGAAUUCGAUCGGAUUUAUGCUAAUGGCGACAGCAGGGAUGAUGUCAAAGCGCUAAAUUUAUAACAGAUAGGCGCUGGAUAACCGUGGAGUUUGUCGCCCUGUGGGAGCAGUUCUAGUUAGUAAUGUUGAACGCUACCAACCGCCAGCGAUAAAGAUGGAUCCCAAUGCGGUGAAGUGAUUGUGAUUUGGGAGUUGGGAUGUGAGAUUUGAAAUUUGUGACACACUUCUGAACGCAACGUUUCCCGCGGAAAGAGUGAACUUACAGAGCGUAAAGGUGAAUUCAUUCGGCGCCUGUGUGCGUGGCAGUAGCGAUAGUGGUAGCGGUACCACUGUCUCGUCUGCUGGUGGUUCCUCCCAGCACGGGGCGAAUCCUGCUGCUGCCUACGCUGACCCGUCAUCACCUUCGUCCAACCGAGCACAGCCACCGUCGUCAUCGUCGUCGUCCUCGUCGACCACCUUCCCGUACGUUGCUGUCAACAUGGACGAUGUGCCGCCACCGCCCCGCAAGAGCUCCCUCAGCAUCGACCGGGCGGCGUUCCUGCUGCUGCGGGUCAAGAAGGCCUUCAAAAAGAAACGCCAACAGCGGAAGGAUAAACUAACACUCCAGAACAUCAACGAACCUGGAACCGGAACCCGCCUCCUUUAUGGUUCCCGUCCAUUGGAAAAGAAAGCUCGUCUUUCCCGCUCACUCACACUUCCUUUAUUCAACUUCCCCGGUUCCAAUGCCUUCGUCGGACGACUCCAACACCAACCGCAGCCACUGGAGGCAUUUAAAACGUCCUCUAACAACUUCCUAUACGAAGCGAAAAUGGCCGCCUCCACCCCGGUCAGUGGGAACAGUCCGAAGAUCCUGCUGACCACCGACGACACGUCUUUCGACUACCGACGCAAGUCCUCCGGGGGAAGUCUGUUCACUCCCAGCGGUGGAGCGCCUUCGGUGGCUCCUGCCGAACCGCACAUCUACGACUUCGACGAGAAACGGUCCAGCGGUGAUGGAUCGGUUGUGAUAAGCAUUACGUCGCCCACGGCUUACCAAAUUCCGACGUCCAAAUCGUUUGGGCUGAACAACUUCAACUUCGUGAACCUGCAGAACGCAGCCAAUACGGCGCCACCGCCUGCCUACAGCACCAACUUCAAUGCCGGUAUUAGCAGCCUAAUAGGUAGUGGAAACAGUAGUGGUAGCUUUAAUAGUAGUAGUAUCAAGCGGGGUAGCGACGUGACGGCCUAUGGGUCGCCUGCAUCCACACAGCUCAUUAGCAAUAGCACCAACAAUGCCAUCUAUCGGUUAGCCAGGAUCAUCAACCAGACAACGAAGACUCCAACGACGCCGGGACCGGGUGGAGCUGGACCACCGGGAAGCGGAUUGCUCCUCCACCAGGCCAACGAUGACUCGGCUCGGCGGCUAUCUUGGGAAAGACGUGAUAAGGACAGCAAACGAAUCCCCCGGUCAUCCAGCAUCGAUUCGAUGGUGGAUGCCGUGUGGAGUGAGUUCCCCCCGUCGGGACCCGGUAGUGCGCGGAAUUCAGUGUCCAACCAAUCCAAUCAGUCGCAAUCGACCUCCAAUGUGCCCUCGAAUUUGAACAUCUUUCUCAGCUCAAAUCGACGCGAAAGUAUGCUCAGCCCGUCGUCCAAUCGGCGGUCGAAGCAUCAACGAGGAAUUUCCGAAAUCAGUCUACCGGAUCUGGUGUCCCGGUCUCUAUCGAGCGUCGGGCUCCCGGACUGCACAGUCAUUUGUCCACCUGCCAUCCGGUCGGGUUCCGUCUCACCGCAAGGAAGCCGUCGCUCCCAAAGGAGCCCGUCCCCGAGGAAGAAUGGCUCCGCGCUAGACAUUGCAACGAUUGAGUCACCCCCGCCGUCACUCUCCCCGUCCCCUUCCAUCCUCACAGCACCGAUCCUGUACUUCGAGCAUGAAUGCUUUCCCACCGCCACUCACCUGGACCGAAUGACCAGCGCCAGUUCACCGAAUCUCAGCUCGGUUCAAGCGAAAAAGAUGGAAUACCUGCUGCCUCACCAGCAGCACCCACCCGGAUCUCAGCCACCGGCGCCACCGUCCAAGCGGCAAAUUUCUCCAAAGAUUCCAAAGAAAACACGCCACCUGUCGACGAGUUCGGCAGACGGCGAAACCGACAGCACUACUGGUCCCAGAGCUACCCUAAACCUGCGGGUCGCCAGCCUGGUCGAGACGAACAAUAACAAAAACUUCACCAGCAAUGGGGAGAGCGGUGGUGGCGGCAUCGACAUCCUGGCCACAACCGGUGGCAAACCGGAACCGGCGGCCAUCAACAACAAUCACAGCCACGCACCGCACUCGGGACCGUACUGGAAGCACAAAAUCACCAAAAAGCAAAGCAAAAUGGCUCAAGCGCAGCUGGACAAAUUGACACAAAUUAAUAUCCAUUUGCACGCACUCUUUGCGGCGGUCGAGCACGGGCAUCUGGAGAAAGCCCGGACCAUCCUGGAGAGCACCGACGUCGAUGUCAACAGCCUAAAUAGUGACGGCCUUUCGCCGCUGGACGUGGCCGUACUGAGUAACAACCGUUCGAUGACGAAGAUGCUUCUGCAGCAGGGUGCCAUCGAAAAUGCCCAUACCAUUCAAGCGGCCAAUAACAACGUCGGAUUGCAUCUGAACAACCUGCUGUGCGAAGCGGAAACCACCAUCCACGAGCUGGGGAAUUUCGACUCCGGCCAGCACCAGAAUCAGCCGGGUGGGGCCGGACCAGGCGGAGGAACCAGCGGGAAAACGUCCUUCACCAACAUCAUCGGAAGUGGCGGUCCUUCCGUAACGAGCUGUACCGGUAGCGAGGUCGACAAACAGGUUGGCCUGUGGGAACGACGGGUCAAGGGUCUCCGGCGGAUGAUACUGGGCUGGGAUCAAACCAAACCACCCGAUCUGCCCAACCGAAUAGACAUUGACGUUGCCGGGUGCACGUCAGUCAGCCUGCGGCUAUACGAACCCCUCGAAGGUGCCAUAUCAACCAAAUUCAAAGUGCAAUGGUCUUCCCGAUCGGACUUCAGCAACGUGGUCGGCGAACGGGAGGUUAACGAGUGGACAAGCUUCCACGGGUGCAUGGGUGCAGUGUGCAAUCUGAACGAACUGAUCCAAGGUCGGAGGUACUUCUUUCGUGCUUCGGCUGGCAACAUCAAAGGCUGGGGACCGUACAAGCUGUCCACGCCAAACUGUGUAGUGCCCUCUAGUUGGCGCGAUGUGGAUAACCGUGAAAACCGUUUCGUCGGCAAGCAGCGUAACCUGGACGACCUGUUCAACGCAGUUCGGCUAGCACGACCGGAAGAUGCUUCCGAAAUCGCCCUGGACGCCGCGGCGCCAGCUAAACGAGCCAUCAAAAAGAAAACCACCAUCAAGCAACUCUUUUCGGCGGCGUCAAAAUUUCAAAAAAAUCUCAAACGGGGCAUCUACCUGGCUUGUGUGCUGUACCACGAGGACAAACUGCUGCUCACCAACGAGGACUUUGUGCCGGUGAUAGAGAUUGAUGAAACGUUCACCAGCAACCUGCACACCGAUUUCUACUGGCUGAUGAAGGUCGCCUGCACGUGGGAAGACGUGAAGCUACUGCGAAUGGAUAUGGAACGGAACGCCUCAUCAGCGAUUCACUUCCGUACCAAGCUGCUGUCGGCGGCGUGUCAGAUGCAGUCCGCCCUCUCCAUUACGGAUCUAGGUCAAUUAUACUACAAACCGCUGCGAGACGUGCACGGUACGGUGGUGCUGUCCUGCGUUAAUUGCAUAAAGAGUCCGAAAAGCGUUUCGGUGCUAAAUUCCCGGUGGAUACCGCUGAACAAAAUCCACAAGAAGCUGGCCCUGUCCACCGAAGACAGCAGCAUCAACGAGCUGCUAAUGAACUCCAUUCAGGAUCAGAUAAACUACCAUCAGGUGUCCAACAUCCGGCUGACCCGAGGCCUCUACGUCGGCUAUCUGAAGAUGCAAAGUUCGGUGGACGUAAUCCAGGUGGUGGUGCCGGUGAAAGCUCCGAACGUUCUACCGCACUGCAAGAUCCGAGACAAUCCCCACGUUUCAGCAGAGGAAUGGGAACUCAUCAAGCAACACAAAGCGCCCAGCAUCCUGGAGUUCCGGCCAAAGAAUCAGGGCCCGACGGAAGUCCAGUUGCACUUUCUGGAAAUUCUCACCAAAGCCGUGCACAACCUGUUCCAGUAUAUGGACAUCCCGAAGGACGUUGCCGUGGCCCACCGACUGUACGACGUUGAAGUGAUCGAGCUGAACAACGACGUGAGCUUUCUUAUCAUCUGUCCCCCGGCGGAGAGCAGUUGUGCCGUUCCUGGUCAGAAAGACAUACUCCUACAGCGAGGCGAUCUGUUUUCCAUGCCAAUACAAGCAUUCGAAAUGAUCCAUCUCAAAUCGUACCAAAGCAGUAUUGUGCAAAAGUAUUCACGGUUGUCGUGCAUUCUGGAACUUGACACGCUGAUGGCCAACCAUCUGCUUAGGGAGGCGUUCAGCACAUCGGAGCUACAGAAGGCGAAGGAUCGGUUAGCAAAGCUGCAAGACCUGUCUUCGGGAUUAAAUACGGUUUGGAAAGGGGUUCGAUGGCUGAUGGACGUCAUAGGAUACGCUCGGGACAGAGCCAACAUGCCGGAAUUGAAUAUGAAGCAGAUUUUAGAUUAUAAAAGCACCUAUUUUGGAAAGAAAAGUGGUAACGAAAAGAAGGGGGAAAGUGAAGCACAAUUGUUGCAACCACCUACCAACCCACCGGUUUUCCAUAAAAGUAGUCCUGGAAGAGGUUCUUGGCCUGGGCCGGCCGUUGAACAUCCAUUGGGUCAUAAUGGUCUUUUGGGGGCGGAGCAUUCCAAGUCUGAGCAACUACUAAAGUACAACAGUCAAAGAUUCCUGAACGUAAGCAAUAUGAACUCACGGAAGAAUAGUGCCGAUUCGGCAUAUUCUAACUCUGCAAACAGUUACUACUCGGUGACAGAGGUUGAACCGGAGAAAGAAUUCGUCACGCCUAGACUACCUCCGUCUAGGUCUGAGGACACGCUGAUAGACAAGAAGAAGGCUGCUGAACAAUCGACAGUGAACAAGAAACGGCCCCCGACUAUGUAUUCCAGCUACUCAGCCACAUCCAGCCCACUGCUAAGUGUUCGUUCACCAUUUGUUCCAACCAUCGCAAACGCAACGAAGUCCUCCUCUGGAGACGACACCGAAAAUAGAACCACCCACCCAGCACCCUUAAAAGUUAGUAAAAAACCUCGCGAACAAGCAUUAAAGACGCUCAAUCAAAUUGAACCGGACUACGAACCGAUCGUUACGACGUACCUAAAGCCAACCUUAACCGCGCUACAGAAUGAAGCGAAAGGUUACCAAACGGCCCUUCACAUUGCCGAGGAGCCAAAGCGCCUUCUGCAACAACUCCCACCGGACGUUUUGGAUCACCGGACAAUGACAGAAGCGGCUACGGUACCGGAUCUUGCUCAAUCCUCUCAACGGCGCCCAACGCAACCAUCGGAGCCAACGCCAACUAGCGAGGGAAAUCCUCCUCCGUCAGAACCCACCACCCCUCUAACAACCAGCAUCGUGCAGGUGUAUGCCGCCUACGAGACGGGUCUCCCGAGUGGAACCUCGCUCAAGCUGCGGGUAACCCAGAAGACGACCGCCCGCGAGGUGAUCGAUCUGGUCGUCAAACAGCUCAACAUGGCAGUGGUGCUGAAGGGUAAGGAGGGUCCCAUCUACGCCGCCGACAAGCUGGACAACUUCUGUCUGGUGGCUGUGAUCGGGGCGAGGGAGCGCUGUCUGCGGGACGAUUUUCGCCCGCUGCAGCUGCAGAAUCCCUGGAAGAAGGGCCGCCUCUAUGUGCGGCAGAAACAUGAUCUCCUAGCGGCAAUCGAACAUUCCAACCGGGAUAUGGCGGAAAUUUAGUGAUAGUGAGUGUGCGGUUUUGUAUGAACGUAUGUAGAGUUGCAAUUUUUCAAGACAGAUUCCAUGUGUGUUCGUGUGGAUGUAGAACUAUAGUAACUUGUUGCCGUAAGGUGAGGCAUGUGCGUAAUGGGCGUUUGUUUAGGAACUAACCGAUUUGUAUAAUUGUUUUCCAACUAUUCAUCUUCAUUGUUCUCAAAAUAUUCUAUCCUCGGGAAUGAGGACGAGAGCUUCGAACCCAAGCACGAUGCCCAGCAUAGUUCCGCUCAACUACAUACGCACUCAUUACGCACGUGAUCUUACAAUUCGAAAUGUAAAAUAAGUCAAUAAGAGAAAGAAAGACACCGAUGUGAUAGAACAUUAUUUUUCGAACCGGUACCUACAGGUUUGGUUUUACCGAAUGGACUUUCUGAAUAGAUAAUAUUAUUUGCAAACAAUCGUAGCUCAUAUGCAUUUGCGUUCUGUUGGCAAAGGCAAGUUCAAAUAAAGUAAGUUCAAAGAAAAACAUUGAUUUCCGACGAGUUUUCCACCAUUUGUAAAAAGUUAAUACCGGUAGCAGUAAGGAAAGUUUUAAAACUGUGUGAAACUCACUAAAUUUAAUGUCAGAGAAAAAUGCAUCAAAUUACCAAAAAGCAGAUCUGCUGAAAUUGAUUUUUAAUCGUAGCUGUGGACGUUCUGAAAUAUUGAUGAAUAGGAGCAAAAAGGGCAUAAUCAAACAUUCCAAACACGUUUUAAACUCGUAGAUAAGAAUCUGGUAGCUGGAUUUCAAAUCAAUGUAAUCAUUGGCGGUACUAUUGCUAAAUAAACGUUUGAUAUAGGGCCGUUGGCAGGUGUUACAAUUCAUAGCAACAGUUCUUACCCGUCAAACUCGAGAAUAAAUUAAAUCUGCGAACAAAAAAUUAGAUCUGUUUUAACGGUCGCGGAGACUUAGUUUCCUUGUUACCAAAUUUUGCUUAUUUAGGACUUUGAAGCGUUCUUAAUUAGAUGAUGUACGAAAAUCAAAAGUGCUUAUUAACAACCUGAUAUUGAACGAUUGUUGGUUUGGAAAAGUUAUCGCCCAUUACCUUCGAUAAUUGAAACACAGUAUUUGAUUCACAUCGAGCUUAUCCCUCCACUGUACGCGAUAGAAUCUAACAGCGACGAGGUUGAAAAAUCAAAAUAAUCCCAUUAAACGAUUGAUAGGAAUUUUUAAAUUCAACAAAAACAGAUCUCCCUUUGUACCAUGUAUUACUGCCCCGUGUUUGGGUUUAGACACAGUUCGGGUUCGGGUUCCCAUUUGAAAGCAACUUUGUGUAUAGAACUAUAAUCGUAAAAACAUGAGACGAUGAUUAACGAAUGUGGAAAGAAAAUAACGAAAAUGUAUUAUAGAAUAUGAUAAUCAGGCAAACCUGAACAAACGAACAAGAGAAAUCCCCUACGACUAAAGCAUAAAUCCAUAGAUAUUAAAGGAAACACACACACCAUGGAAUAACAGGAGCUGAUUCCACCAAUCCAAUCUACUAGAAUUUAAUUCAAAACAGAUGCACAAGAGAUUCUCUAUACAUGUUGAUCAAAAAAGAAUUUAAAAAUA